AUGGUGGUUUUAGGUUCGUUUGCAGCUAUCCAUCCGACAAAAUUGAGUCGCGCUGAAAUUUUUGAGAUGCCCAAAAUGUGGGAUACUGGCGAAGAUGGUUUUAGUAAUAUGACGUAUUGCCCUGUCGACUUUGCUCAGAAUCCUUCGAUAUUACGUGGUGAAAAAAGGGAUUGCAGAGGUGUGAGAAUACCUUUCAUUGGCCUUGACUUAACUAAUGUAUUCCCUGAUAAUUUGGUUAGUGUCAAAAAUGUUGAGCAGCCGGCUGAAAUAAUGAGGCUUGUGAAAACGUUUCGUGAUGACGACCUUCUAUGCGAUGUCGAGUUGGAAGUUGAUGGCGAUGUGAUAAAAGCGCACCGUUGCGUAUUAGCUGCAGCAAGUCCUUAUUUUCGAGCAAUGUUCACCAAUGGAAUGCUUGAAAUGGAAAAAAAGAGAAUUGUUUUGAAUGAUAUACCUAGAGAAUCGCUUCAUGAUUUAAUCAGCUUUAUAUAUUCAAAUGAGAUUACAAUAACAAGUGAAAAUGUACAGCAACUUAUAUUUUCUGCCUCUGUUUUACAAAUUGAUAACAUUGUCACAGCUUGCCAACAAUUUUUGACCAAAAUAAUAACAGUUCAAAAUUGUCUUUCUCUUCGACAAUUUGCUGAAAUAUACAACUGCACCCAACUUAUUGAAGCGACUGAAAACUUCGCUGCCGACCAUUUUGCAGCGAUUAAACAGAGAGAAGAAUUUAUGAAGAUUUCAUUUAAGCAUCUUCAUGCACUAUUGGUACGAUGUGAUUUGAAUAUUCGCGAAGAACAUGAGGUGUUUGAAACAUUGAUCGAUUGGGUUGAAUCGGAUGAAGUCAAUCGUUUACAAUACCUUUCGAAACUCUUUGAAACUGUUCGACUUCCGCUUCUUGGUCUUUCUUAUCUGAUUCAAGUCGUCAAUGUGCAUCGUUUGAUCAGAGGGAAUCGCAAAUGUCAAGAUUGUGUUUCCGAAGCUCUUUUGGAAAUCAUGCAGCCGCAGAAGAAAGUGGCGUCGGUUACUUGCAAUCUUCAAAAUGAUAUGGGAAGCAGCCAGUAUGCGGCAUCGACUUCAAUUCAAAAAACUAUACCAGUCUCAGCGAAAACUCUGGCCAAAAUGGGACCACGAAUGUCUGUUGCUGGAGUCAUUUUUUGUGCUGGAGGACGAGGUUCACUUGGAGAUCCGUUUCGAAGUGUUGAAGCUUACGACUGGAGAAAAAACAAAUGGUUUUUGAUUGAUGAUAUGACAACUCAACGGCGGCAUGUCGGUGUAGUUAGCGCUCUCGGUCAACUAUACGCCAUUGGUGGUCACGAUGGAGUGACCCAUCUUGCAUCUGCAGAAGUGUUUAAUCCAAAAACUGGUAAAUGGAGAAGAAUUGCACCCAUGAGACUUGCUCGUAGAGGAAUCGCUGUGACAGCGCUUGACUCGGCAAUAUACGCUGUCGGAGGACUUGAUGAUUCAACAUGUUACAGGACCGUUGAACGCUACGAUAUUGAAAAUGACGAGUGGUGUAUUGUUGCCGAGAUGACAAUUCAGCGCGGCGGAGUCGGUGUAUCUGCGUUAGGGAAGCAUUUAUACGCAAUUGGCGGAAAUGACGGAACUUCUUCACUGAGCUCAUGCGAGAGAUUCGACCCAAUAUUGGAUCGAUGGAAACCAAUUGCUAGUAUGCAGAAUCGAAGAGCUGGAGCUGGUGUCUGCGUCUUGGAUGGGUACUUAUACGCAAUCGGUGGAUUUGAUGAUAAUGCACCGCUGUUGACGUGCGAGCGAUAUAAUGCAGAUGAAGAUGUUUGGCAACCAAUUUCAUGUAUGAACAGCGCACGUGGUGGUGUAGGCGUUGCAGCCAUGGGUGGACAUGUCUACGCAAUUGGCGGGCACGAUGGUUUAAGAUAUUUGAAUACUGCCGAACGCUAUGAUCCGCUGACAAAUCAAUGGCAUCCGGUACCCGACCUUCGUGAAUGCCGAGCUGGAGCUGGAGUAGCUUGGGAAGACCUUCGGGUUGAUGACUUGAUCAAUUCGAGAAAUUAUGGUGAUAGUGGAUGUGCUCCCACAUCAGUACGUUGUCCUUAUAUCUUGUCCGAUCCGAGUGUGGUAUUCGAUGGGAAAUGGAUACAGACAAGACAAAUCCAUUUUGAAACUCGAGCGGGAGUAAAAGGGGUUUGGCAAUCUGUUCAUCGUAACACAAAACCAGUUGGAGCUCCAGCCGAUGGAGUCAGCAUCAUUGCGAAAGUGCGCAAGAAUUCUAAAGAUUACAUCGUUUUAGUUCAACAAUAUCGCAUACCCACGGGAAAAAUGUGUCUGGAAUUUCCUGCAGGACUUGUCGAUAAUGGAGAAGAUGCCGAACAAUGCGCAGUUCGCGAAUUAAAAGAGGAAACUGGGUACACUUGCGCAAAAGUUCUCUUCAAAUCGAAAGAAUGUUUCCUUGAUCCAGGUUUAACAGAUGACUCUCAAUGCUUCGUCAUAUGCGAGAUUGAUGGCGAUUUACCAGAGAAUAUGAAGCCAGACAUCGAAGUUAUUCUUGUUGAGCAUUCGAAACUUCUGGAAUACAUCAGGUCAUUGGACAAAUCGGUUUACGUUGAAGCUACGGUGUACGCUUACGCAUUUGGUGCGCAUUAUAACGAGUUGUUUAAUUCGGCAAAGUGA